CAGGGCGUGAGAAAAUUGAUGUGUGGCGUGAGAGCGUGUUAAAAGUGUCGAGGUGACAGCUCUGUGUUAGCUGGUUUCAAAAAAUGGAGAGCAACACCACUGUAAGGAGAAAAAUAAUUAAACCCACUGAGACACAUAUUUAUAUAGCGGAAGUUAACGACGGUCACGAGGGCCGGUGCAGGGAUAACUGUGACCAGAAGGAGAAGCCCGAAGUGAAGCUGUACUUGCUGUCAGAAGGACUGGCAGCCUCCCUGGUCUCUGUGUUUAUUUUGGUGCUGUGGGGACUUGUUCAUUUCUCACUACAGCAGCUCAUCAUUGGAACACCGUCCGGCGAGUUCAACGCAGUGAGAGCCAGACAGCACUUGGAGCAGAUCACCAGCGUCGGCCCACGGCCAGUGGGGAGCCCGGAGAACGAAGUCCUGACAGUGGGUUACUUGUUGGAACAGACUGAGAAAAUCCGGAUUGAGACAGCAGCUGGGCCCCAUCAGCUCACGGUAGAUGUGCAGCGUCCUACUGGCUCUUUCUAUAAUGGCUUCACCAACAUCUAUGACCGUAUCAUCAACAUCGCUGUCAGGCUUGAGCCUAAGGGUGGGGCACAGCAUCUCAUGCUAGCCAACUGCCACUUUGACACAGUGGCCAACAGUCCAGGUGCCAGUGAUGAUGCAGUGAGCUGUGCAGUAAUGCUGGAAGUCCUCCAUUCUCUGGCCAACCAGUCUGAUUCUCUUAAUCAUGGAGUUAUCUUCCUCUUUAAUGGAGCAGAGGAAAGUUUUCUGCAGGCCAGUCAUGGUUUCAUUACUCAGCAUCCGUGGGCCAAGCAGGUGCGAGCCUUCAUUAACUUGGAGGCUGCAGGUGUUGGGGGCAAGGAACUUGUUUUCCAGACAGGUCCAGAGAACCCGUGGCUGGUCCAGGCGUACGUUAACGCAGCCAAACACCCCUUUGCCUCUGUGGUCGGCCAGGAGGUCUUCCAAAGUGGUAUCAUCCCCUCGGACACUGACUUCCGCAUCUACAGGGACUUUGGUAACAUCCCAGGCAUUGAUUUGGCUUUCGUUGAAAAUGGUUUCAUCUACCAUACCAAGCACGACACUGCAGACAGGAUCCCGACAGACUCAAUACAGAGAGCCGGCGACAACAUCUUGGCAGUCCUGAGGUACCUGGCAAACUCAGAGAAGUUGGCUGAUUCCUCAGAGUACCGUCAUGGCAACAUGGUAUUUUUUGACCUAUUAGGAGCAAUUGUGGUGGCUUACCCAGCCCGUGUUGGCACCAUCCUCAACUACUUGGUAGCCACAGCCACCUUCAUUUAUCUGGCAAAGAAAGCCUCACUGCCUUGUGGUGGUCACUAUGUUCGAGAUCUGGCCUGUGCCACACGUGUAACAGUCCUGAGCUGGAUCGUCACCCUGAUCUCAGUACUGCUUGUAGCUCUGCUAGUCUCUCUGCUGGGCCGCUCCAUGUUUUGGUACAACCACUUCUACGCCUCCAUCUGUCUGUAUGGGGCUGCUGCCACAGGCAUGAUGCUCCUCAUUCACACGCUGACUAAGAACAUUUACUAUGGGGGUGUCUGUUCAGUGGAGUUGGGUGAUCUCUACUUUGAUGUUAGCUUGUUGCUGUGGUGCUUCAGCCUGGUGUGGCUGACCCUGCAGGGCCUCUGUUCAGCCUACGUGCCCAUGCUGAUGGUGGCCUUCCCCCUGGCUACCAGACUGCUGCUGGCUAAAGAAUUUAAACAUAGAGGAGUGUCCUUGAAGUACACUGUGCUCUAUCUGUUUGGCCUGGCGUUGCCGUAUGUCCACUUCAUGUUCCUCAUCUGGGUGGUGUUUGAGAUUUUCACACCCAUCAUGGGUCGCGGCAACAUAGAAUGGCCUGAGCUGGUGAUGGCAUUCCUGGUCACCCUGGCAACCAUCUUCCUCUCCUCCUUUUUUCUGCAUUUCAUCUACUUGGCACGGAGCACUAAGUGGAUCCUGGCUGGUCUGGGCUCAGUCUUCAUUGUCACGUUCAUGUUGGUGUCCAGUGGGCUCCUCUUUCCUUAUUCAGGAAGUCCAGACAGCCCGCGGCCCAAACGAGUCUUCCUGCAGCAUACAACGCGGACCUUCUACAAUCUCCAGGGCCAAGUGGAAAUCCGGGACUCAGGUCUGUGGAUCAACAGUUUUGACUACACAGGUAUACAGCACAUCACCCCACACAUCCCUGAGAUCAACGACAGCGCUCGCACCCACUGCCAUCAGGACCGACCCUUUUGUGGUUACCCCUGGUUCCUGCCAGUGAAGUUCCUCAGCAAGAAAAACUGGUACCUUCCUGCUCCAGAAGUGUCUCCCAGCUCUCCAGUGGAGUUCAGCCUGCAGUCCAAAGAAGACACCAGCUGGGGGACCAUCAAGAUGACCUUCAGCGUGAAAGGCCCCAGUCACAUGUCUCUGCAUCUGAUGCCUCAUCAAGGAGCCAACCUCUCUACCUGGUCCUUCGGUGACGGGACGCCUCAGUUCUACACGAGCAGAGAAUACUGUGUCUUCUAUACCCACGGCCUCGACGCCCCCACAUGGACCUUCUGGUUUGAAAUACAGCCUCCCAGGGACCCGGACCCAUCAGGCCCCGAGGGGAUGAUCUCUGUUGCCAUCUCCUCCCACUAUUUCUUUGGGCAAGACCAGAGGACUGCUCAACUGGAGGAAAUCCUCCGUAGGUUCCCCGCAUGGGCUUUUCCUUCGUCUUGGGUCAGUACCUACGACAUGUACCGAUACUGAGGGCGCCACACAUCAGAGGCUGACGCUGAGAAGAGCUGAGGACUGCAGGGGCCCGGAGACAGACAGAUGAUUUAAAACAACAAUACUGAGGACCAGCCCUGCUGCCUUUUCACUCUGACACAAACACACACACACACACACACCCUCCCAGCCUGCCUGAGAGAACCCCCAUCACUGUGUCAGUAGGCUUAGUAGCCUGCCAGAGGUAGGCCUCAGCGUGUGGCUACCUCCCCUGCUCCCUCUUCAUCAGCAAACCACUCAGGCCAUUCUCAGAGUCGGUGUGUCUCUGGCGGCCUCACACACCCGCAUUCUGCACUGUAGGUGUAGUAACAUACUGAUGGAUCUGUUUGGGAAGGGGAAAGACCCGUUUUUGUUUGAUCCCACCGCCGACUUUAACUGGAAACGUUGACAUCUUCAAAGUCGCUUUUCACCAACACACACACUUGCUCAUACUAAGAGAAAAUGGUUUUUGUAUUAGCUCAUCAGUUAACUAGGAAAUUUCUUGUUAUCAUUCCUCACUAACACCACUGAUUAAGCCGCAGGUCGUUCCCCUGUGUUUCAUUUAAGAAUGGCAAAAAUCUUCUUGAAUUGUCAGAGACGCUGGCAUGCAGAUGCAGAAAACUGUGCCUGUUAAAUUAAACAGAUGGCUAAAAUCACAAUGUCAACAUGUCCUCUUUAAAGGAGUAGCCUUCAUGAAGAUUUUGCACAGAGGGCAUAUUUUCUUAGGUCUGAGUUUUCCCUCUGAUGUGAUUUGGGCUUGAUGAGACCAGAACUCACAGGGACAGCUUGUUCUGUCUCGUCUGGAAGUUCAUUAUUAACAUUUGCUGUAAACUGUAAUAGUAUUUGUACAUGUUUUCAAACUUCACUUCUGCUCUUGCUCCAGCAGCACCAAUGAAUAUCUUCUUGGGAUGAAAGAAAGUAGUGACAGUGAUUCAUUGAUCAAUUAGUCAAUCGAAAGAAAAUAACCUGCAACUAUUUUAAAAUGUGGUUAAUUGUUUUAGUCAUUUAUCAAGCAACAAUCCCAGAAAUCUGAUGGUUCCAGUUCCUCAAACGUGAGGAUUUGCUGCUUUUCUUUAAUUUAACUAUCAAGAUGUACAGUAGAGGACAGAGCUGUAACCUGACAUCUUGAUGCUAAUCUUAUCCUCUGCUAACUUCUACCGUCACUUUCUGACGCUCUCACAUUCUUUCAUCCUUUGAGUGUUACCGUAGUUUACUGAAAAUCAAUGGUCGUGUGAAAUUUUAAUAGCGGCGCAUUCAUUAAGCAGCGACAGUAGGCUUCAAAUACGUUGCUAGAGACUGGUUUUAAGCCCUAAGAUCUGUUUUUCCAUCCAAGAACCGAUAAGGUUGCACUUCCCCGUAGCUGAAGAAUAAAUCCAUUUUAUAUCUGUGGUACAAUCUGAAAGAGACUUGCUGCAAUAACACGAAAGCUGCCUGUUGGUCUUUGUAGUCGUACAGCGAAUUAUAUUUGGACCGAUAUGGACUAGCGACAGAAAGAACUAACGUUACACCACCACGGGAGGAAAAAACAUUCUUGAGCACUGCGGGGCCAUUUCAAUGAGUAUUAGAGGUAGAGUAACAUGGAAUAUAAACAGGCUACCUAUUUAUAUCUCAAAUUAAUUAUUAUUUAACAAGUGCUUCAAAAAAAGUGAUGGAGACCUGUCCCCAGUAUCCCCAGCGUAAAUUACACCUAUGAAAUGAAUCCAAUAUUUGUGCACUAAGAACUCUUAAGGGGUGAAAUCAAAAAUACUAACAAAUUUUUCGGUAUGUGUUGUUACAAUUAGUUACACCUUGGCUAGAUAAGUUACUGUAAUUUAAUGUGAUUAUUCAUCCUGUUUGGUUUGUGCAUCUUAAGGCUGUUUGAAAUAUAUAUAGUAUUGGCUUGAAAGCAGCAGAGAUAAGGA